AUGCUUCACGCAGAUCCACCUCCACCCAUGAUUGAGAUCCUCGAUGAGGUACACUCGACGGCGGAUCGGAUCAAGAUCAUCCAUGUUGGCGCAGAGAUCCAGAAUUAUUUCUUGAGGUUCUACAAGAAGCACCAAUUGGAACUCUUCGUCAGGCUCAAACAUAAGGUCCUCAGCGCUACGUGGAAGGAGCUUGGAGAGAAUGAAUGUUAUGUAAGGGAUGUCGAGAUCGAACACAAUGGCGAAGUCAUUCACGAUACAUGUCACGUCUUGAUCUAUGGGGCAGGGGUUGUCAACGAAAGGAAAUGGCCUGCCAUCGAAGGCUUGCAUGAUUUCCGCCGACAACUCGCACACUCCGCUGCUUGGGAUGAAACAAUCGAUGCGCGCGGCAAGAAGGUUGCUGUCGUAGGGACAGGCUCUAGUUCCAUUCAAAUGGUGCCCAACCUCGCCAAAGGAUCAAGAAGAGCUGAUCCAGGUUGUUCGACACACCGACUUUGGAUUUCACCACAGAUUCAAACCGACAAACAAAAGGCGGGUACCGCAGGCCUCGAAGCCGUCGUCGGAAGACGCUACUAUACCGAGGAAGAAGAAAAAAGUCCUUUGGAGAGGACGCCCACUUCCACCUCGCCUAUCGCAAGGAAUUCGAGGCCCGAAUGGGGCAAGGCGUGCCUGCGCGGCUCUGCAGACAAUGAGCAGUUCAAGAAGUUCUUCAGCCAAGAUAUGAUCCGCAAGCUUGGCCCUGGCCACGAGGAACUCAUCGACAAGGUCAUCCCUGACUGGUCACCUGGGUGUAGGAGAAUGACUGUUACUCCCCCAGGCUUGGUCAUCAUGGGCGCCAUCAACGGCUUGCUCGAGACCCUAGCCUUGUCUGUGGGCUGUGCUCAACGAGCUCUCACCGUCUUGCGUUGUGCGCUUGUCAUGUCCAGCGAAGGAGAGUACGACAUGGGUUCGGGUGGUCCUCUCAGCAUGCUCAGGUCCAUCCGCCACGGGGGCGAAGAGGAUUUCAUGGACGGUAGAGGUCGAGGUUUUUCAGACGGGUUUCCAGACGGGUUUCCAGACGGGUUUCCAGACGGGUUUCCAGACGGGUUUCCAGACGGGUUUCCAGACGGGUUUCCAGACAUACGCAUCGAGGAUACCCUCGACUAUCUUGGGUUGGUUCCGACGACAUGAGCACGCUACAGCAUAUAUAUAUUCCGCAUGCCUGGGGAAUUGUGUGAGCCAGUUUUUGGCACAGGACGCGAGGUGGCACACCAAGCUGAGAUCAAUACCUUUCGCAGCCAGCUUUUUCCUCUUGACUAAGCACGACAUCUGGCAACGGGCAUUCG